AGAAGACCAAGACAUACAAUAUACAACAUACGUAAUUGGAAAUUUACAGAUCCAGUAAACUCCAGGAUUCCAAAAAAGAAAUCCAGGAAGUCUGAGGAACCCGAGAACUAUUCAGAUCAAGAAGGUAAAGGAAAGGGAAAGUGUGUUAUAUGAAGACUUGUGGAUGGGAGAAAAUGAUCUUCAAACAAAACCAGUUUGGCCCCUGGGCUGCUGUGUCAGUUCUCCUCGGUGUGUUGGUGGAUGUGUCCAGUGGAAUGAUGAGUGUUCAGCUGAUCCCUCAGAAUCCGGUCAUCGGAGGAUCUGUCACUCUGAGUGUUACUGGGAUUACUGGGAAAAUUGUGACUUUUAUUUGGUAUAAAGGACCGAGCUCAGGCAGAGAUGAUCAAAUCCUUACAUAUAGCCCAUUCCCUGGUGCAAAUCCAACAAUUCCUGGACGUCUGUUCCAUAGUAGGAUGACACCUUUCCCCAAUGGAUCUCUACAGAUCUCCAACCUAAAUAGAACUGAUGAGGGAAAUUACAUAGUGAAGAUGCAAGCGGAUAAUUAUGGUGAUACACAUGUAUACCUGAAAAUCUAUGAAUCGAUAGACAACAAUGAUCAGCAAACAGGUUCAGUGAAUGGAAUAGGAAUUGGAAUUGCAGUUGUGUUACUGCUGGUUCUAGUCGCUGUGUUAGCUUACCUUUUUUCCAAACACAGACAACACAAAAAGCAAACAGACGGCACAAACAAUGCAUCUUCUUCUCCAGAAGUCCCAGUUUAUGAAAAUGUAAAUGCUCCUCAAUCACGCAUCUCUGGAACUGCCCUGUCAGGAACUCCGGUGCAAGCAACCAAAGAAUCCCACUAUGAGCAAUUAACUCAUAAGGACAGAGCCAUAUACAGCACCCUUGCAUCAAAGGCUGGGAAGCACUAAUGGUUUUCCUUUUGGGAUUUUUCUAAAUGAAACAACUUGAAGAUAAGAUUCAUCAUAUGUUACAGGAUAUAUAAAACAGAAUGCGUUCACCCAAUAUGAUCACUCUACCCAUAUUCAACUACCAAUACUUACCAGCUUUGAAUAACCGGAAGUAAGAUA